AUGGAUUCAAAUAGAUACUUCAAUUUACCAGAACCAGACACUCAAGAAUUUGUUGAUAAAGUAAUUUUCAUUUAUAGGUUCCAAAAAGAAACAUUACAAAGACUUGAUUCUAAAGAUAAUAGUAUUUAUACAAGAGUAGAGAAUUCUCCUAUUAUGUCAGAUAAAGAUAAUGAGAUGAUCCCUUAUAUUUAUUCAACAGAAAUUAAACCACAAAAAACAAAACGUUAUUGGACUAAAGAGGAAUGUCUAGCUUUUGAAAAAAUAAUUAAAUUUUUAAAUAUUAAUUGUGGACAAGCUCUUGACUUUCGUUUAAUCUCUUUGUAUGUUAAGACAAGAACUCCUACUCAAGUUAGAAGUCAUGCUCAAAAGUAUUUUUUAAAAGAAAGAGAAAAUAAAUGUGUUUUAACACCACAAGACAUUAUAGAACUUAGUACCCUUAUUAAGAACUAUAAAUUAAUGAAUAAACAUGGAAAUCAGUAUCAUCUUCUUGUAAAAUAA